UUGAGAUUCAGUCUCUGCAUGACGUAUCUUUAACCUCAAUUUUUAAAAAUGACAUAAUUGAUAAAAAAUGAAUAACAAUAUUGGGAGCUUCAAAAAAGUCAAAAUCGAUUUACAGAUGCCUGUUUAACAAAAUGAGUCAAGUAGUUUUGAGAAUCAAGCAUAUUGCUAUCAUUAUAGUUUCCGUCAUUGUUGUAAUAUAUGUGUUGGUCAGAAUUCUUCAUGAUGAUCAUAUUCAUCAUUUCAAGGACUAUAAACGAAAUGUUGAAGAUGAAUUAAAUCUUCCAGUUGAUAUCAAACUCGCAACUUCUUUAUUAAAUGAUGCACACCGAAAAAUAGAAGCUUUAGAAGAAAAAAUAUUGUCGCUAGAAUCAAGAGUUCCAAAGACUUACCAAGAUGUUAAAUUUUUAAACUACCUUAAUAGAAAGCGAAUUCUAGUAACAGGAGGAGCAGGAUUUGUAGGGUCCCAUCUAGUAGAUAAAUUGAUGCUGGAGGGACAUGAAGUCAUUGUAGCUGAUAAUUUUCAUACUGGAAGGAAGAGUAAUGUUGAGCAGUGGGUGGGACAUGAAAACUUUGAACUCAUCCAUCACGACAUAGUGUAUCCAAUAUAUAUUGAGGUUGAUGAAAUAUAUCAUCUUGCUAGUCCAGCAAGUCCUCCACAUUAUAUGCACAAUCCUGUAAAAACAAUCAAGACCAAUACAUUAGGCACUAUCAAUGUUUUAG